AUGGCUUUCCUCGACCGCGAGUACCCCAAUAUGCUAGGGGAGCGAAUCGGCAACUCGCAAGCUAGCACUGGCAGGUUGCACUACGAGGCCUCUUGUCUGCGAGCCGUGAACCAAGCGAUUGGCCGCGCAAUCCGCCACGCUAAAGACUAUGCUGUUAUAUAUCUUGUCGACCGGAGAUUCACCCGACUUAGUAUCCAACGCCAGCUGCCCAACUGGGUACAGGAUGGCCUGCGGCCGGACCUAUCCUGGACGAACUUACUAACUGAUACUGAGGCCUUCUUUAAAAGUCAGUCAAUCAGGCCUUAA